GAGUCAGAGUUCGUCAGAGAACAGGAACCCAAUGAUUCCCAUAUGCCCAGUAGUCUCCUUCACCUAUGUGCCCAGCCGGCUAGGUGAAGAUGCCAAAAUGGCCACCGGCAACUACUUUGGAUUUACCCACGGUGCUGCUGCGCAGUACAGUCAGCAGCCAGCCGCUGGGGUAGGCUACACCCACCCUACCACAGUGGCCAGCUACACUGUGCACCAAGCACCGGUGGCGGCUCACACGGUGGCGGCCGCGUACGCGCCCACCGCCGCCACUGUGGCCGUGGCCAGGCCGGCGCCGGUGGCCGUGGCGGCGGCGGCGACCGCCGCGGCGUACGGCGGGUACCAGCCCACCCACGCCGCCACCGACUACGGCUACGCACAGAGGCAGCCAGAAGUGCCACCGCCACCCCCGCCGGUCACCUCCCAGAAUUACCAGGACUCCUAUUCGUACGUGCGGUCCACAGCCCCCGCUGUAGCUUAUGACAGUAAACAGUACUACCAGCAGCCCACAGCUACAGCGGCUGUGGCCGCCGCUGCCGCACAGCCACAACCCACUGUGGCAGAGUCCUACUAUCAGACAGGUACGCUUAACACACCCUGGGAGUCAACCUGGAAGAAAAGCCUCCAAGUAGCCCCCAAAACGGGAUACAGCCAGGCUGCCACCCAAUACACACAGACCCAGCAGACCCGCCAGGUCACCGCCAUAAAGCCAGCCACGCCCAGCCCUGCUACCUCCACCUUCUCCAUCUACCCCGUGUCCUCCACCGUGCAGCCGGUGGCCGCCGCUGCCGCCGCCUCUGUGGUCCCGUCCUACUCCCAGAGCCCCACCUACAGCACCAACGCCGUCACGUACUCCGGGACGUCGUAUUCCGGCUACGAGGCGGCGGUGUACUCGGCUGCCUCCUCGUACUACCAGCAGCAGCAGCAGCAGCAGCAGAAGCAGGCGGUCGCUGCCGUGGCGGCCACAGCGGCCUGGACCGGCAGCACCUUCACCAAGAAGACCCCCUUCCAGAACAAACAGCUGAAGCCCAAACAGCCCCCAAAGCCCCCCCAGAUCCACUACUGCGAUGUCUGCAAGAUCAGCUGCGCCGGACCCCAGACGUACAAGGAGCACCUGGAGGGCCAGAAGCACAAGAAGAAGGAGGCGGCCCUCAAGGUGUCCCAGAACAGCAGCAGCGCCAGCGGGGGCGCCAGCUCGGCCCGGGGGACGCAGAACCAGCUGCGCUGCGAGCUCUGCGAUGUGUCCUGCACGGGGGCGGACGCCUACGCCGCGCACAUCCGCGGGGCCAAGCACCAGAAGGUGGUGAAGCUUCACACCAAACUGGGCAAGCCAAUCCCCUCCACUGAGCCCAGCGUGGUGACCCAGACGCCCACGACCACCACGUCCGCCCCCACCAAGACGGCCGGCUCGGCCUCCAGCAGCGCCACCACCGUCGGCAGCACCGCCCAGGCCGCCGCCCAGACCCCCGCCCCCGGCCCCGCCGCCCCCGCCUCCUCCUCCUACCUGAAGCCCGUCAACAUCGUGAACAGCACGGCGCCCCCGGCCGGCAAGAGCCCCAUCCCCGUCACCGUCCCCGCCAACUCCACCAUCGUCAAGAAGGUCAACACGCCCAAGAUCAACUUCGUCGGAGGCAACAAGUUGCAGACCACCGGUGCGAAGCUGGAAGAUGCGAAGGCGGAGGCGCCGAAGCCGGCGCCGCCGCUGAUGGCCACUCAGACGCAGGACAUGAAGGCGGAGGCCCCGGCGGACCUGUCCGCACAGUCCACGCUGGCCGCGCUGCAGAGCGACGUCCAGCCAGUCGGCCACGACUACGUGGAGGAGGUGCGCAAUGACGAAGGUAAAGUCAUCCGGUUCCACUGCAAGCUGUGUGAAUGUAGCUUCAACGAUCCAAAUGCCAAAGAGAUGCAUUUGAAAGGGAGGAGACACCGUCUGCAGUAUAAGAAAAAAGUGAACCCUGACCUCCAGGUGGAGGUGAAGCCCAGCAUCCGAGCACGGAAGAUCCAGGAGGAGAAGAUGAGGAAGCAGAUGCAGAAGGAGGAGUACUGGAGGAGGAGGGAGGAGGAGGAGCGCUGGAGGAUGGAGAUGAGACGAUAUGAGGAGGACAUGUACUGGAGGCGAAUGGAGGAGGAGCAGCACCACUGGGACGACCGGCGCAGGAUGCCGGAUGGAGGGUACCCCCAGGGCCCCCCUGGGCCUCCCGGUCUGCUGGGGGUUCGGCCCGGCCUCCCCAUCCCUCAGCCUCAGGGCCCUGUGCCCCCCCGUCGCCCGGACUCUUCGGACGACAGGUAUGUUAUGACCAAACACGCAGCCAUCUACCCGGUGGAGGACGAGCUCCAGGCCAUCCAGAAGAUCGUGUCCAUCACCGAGCGAGCUCUGAAGCUGGUAUCUGACAUCAUCACCGACCAAGACAAGGGGAAGGAAGAAGACAAGGAGAAGAAGGAUGCCCCAAGAGACAGGGCCCUGAAGGGGGUGAUGAGGGUUGGGGUGUUGGCCAAAGGCCUCCUGCUACGGGGGGACAAGAAUGUCAAUCUCGUCCUCCUCUGCUCUGAAAAACCCACCAAGAACCUCCUGACGCGCAUCGUGGAGCACCUCCCCAAGCAGCUCACGAUGGUCACCCCAGAGAAGUAUGAAGUCAAGGGCUCCAUCCAAGAGGCAGCCAUCAUCCUGACGUCCUGCUCCGAGCCCAAGAUGCAGGUCACCAUCACGCUGACCUCGCCCAUCAUCCGAGAGGAAAACGCCAGGGACGGAGAUGUAACCUCGGGUUUGGUGAAAGACCCAGCGGACGUCUUGGACAGGCAAAAAUGCCUUGACGCUCUGGCUGCUCUACGCCACGCUAAGUGGUUCCAGGCUAGAGCCAAUGGACUCCAAUCCUGUGUGAUUAUAAUUCGCAUUCUGCGCGACCUCUGCCAGAGGGUUCCCACCUGGGCUGCGUUUCCUAGCUGGGCCAUGGAGCUGCUUGUCGAAAAGGCUAUAAGCAGUGCGUCCGGACCGCUGAGCCCUGGAGAUGCACUGAGGAGAGUCUUUGAAUGUAUUGCCUCCGGCAUCCUGCUACCAGGUGGUCCAGGGCUGGUGGACCCAUGUGAGAAGAACCCCACAGACACCCUGUCUGCUAUGGAGGAGCAACAGAGGGAGGACAUCACCUCCAGCGCACAGUUUGCGUUGAGGCUGCUAGCAUUCCGCCAGAUCCACAAGGUUCUGGGCAUGGACCCGCUGCCCCAGAUGAACCCGCGCUUCAACGUCCGCAACAACCGCAAGAGGCGGCGCGACAACAGUGACAGCGGCGACGGCUUCGAGGGCGAGGGCAAGAAGGACAAGAAGGACUACGACAGCUACUAGGACCACACCCACAACCCUCCAGCAUAGUGUACACAGUGCACAUGCACCGUUCUGUUUUUACGACUUCUAAAAUCUAUUUUUGUGAUAGCUUUUGUGUAGUAGCAUGAGUCUGUCUCGUCUCGUAAACCGUUGAGCAGACCGCCGCUAAACUGGGCAUUACAAAAAGCGCUAAAUGUGUGUGUGUCGUUUUAGCUUCAGGUGGAUCUGGCCUGUGGUUCAGAUCGUCACUCCCCCCUAGCUAAAGCAGGUCUUACCCUAGGCAGUCGAAGUAGGAACACAUUGACAACGGCUUCCACAGCUCUGCAAUGCCCUCUCUGGAGAGAUAAUGUUUUUUUUCUCUUUUUGUUUUGUAUAAAGGGAGUGAUAUACCUCCUUAAUAGUAAAACCUAAAGUGGUAGCCAGAUGACUAACUGCUAAGUUACUUUUGUAGGUCCGGAUUAGGAUAUAAAAGGACUACACUUUGUUCCUUACAAGCGUUUUAUUUUUAAUUGGUCACACUCAAUGACCAUCCGUUGGCAAUGUGAAGCACACAACCUGGGGUCAUACAGAAGUUUUUUCUUUUUCUUUUUUUUUUUUAGAGGGUGUAAUAUUGAAUAUGGUCUAAUUUAAUUGCACAAUGCAAAUGGUGUAUAGCUAAGGUCUUGCUGAAAGGCUGGACUGGAAACGUGUUCAAAUGUCAAGCUAGUCUGAUCUCGUGUUCGCAGGUCCCUGUGGCAUUGUUGUAUUACAUUUCUGAAAAAGACUGAUUCCUGAGAAGUUUGUGUUCGUAGUGCAGUUCCUAAGCGUAGCGCUAAUAUACAGAUAAACCUAUAUAUAAUCUUGCAAGAGUUUAAAAAAAAAAAGCGUGUCAAUUUCUGAUUUAAAAAAACUUGCAUGACAGUGUUCCUUUUUUGUUGUAUUAUGGCUUUUAACGUUUUGAAGGUUUUAUUAACUAAUGAAAGAUUAACGCCUUGCCCCUUUACCUCAGUUUACAUACUGCAUAGUACCUUUAAAGAAAUAUAUAGAAAAAAAAACAUGGAAAAAUGUCAUCAGUGUUGUAGUUGCGGUUUUCAGUGUAGAACCAUCCCUCUGAUGCCUGUCAGUCGCUGUCAAAGUACUACUGCAUUACAAUGGGCAGAAUAAAUA